AUGGAUAAGUAUAUCACGAGAUGGAAAAUUGGGCAACCAAGUUGUAGUUCUACUCAUCCAUCUGUUGCUUCAUCCGUAGCUCCAGAAAUUCAAAGGGAAAUCAUGGAUCCAGAAAUUCAAAGGGAAACAUUUCCUUCGGGUGUUAAUUUAGAAUCUUUUGAAGCUGAUCCGGGAAUUAGAAAGACUAUUGCAGAAUAUAACCCUAAUAUAUGUGAUGAAGUUAGGAGAUAUUAUAUUCAAAAAGGGCCUUGCCAACCUGAGGUUCAUGAUUUUCCUAAAACUAAGUUUGGGAAGGAAAUGCGCCAGUUUAAUGCUAAUUGGUAUAAAGGUCGUCGUAAGUGGUUGAAGUACAAUAUAACAAAAGAUGUUGCAUAUUGUUUGUGUUGCUAUUUGUUCCAAAAUGAACAUGAAAGUAAUGGAAAUACGAGUGAAACUUAUACAAAAGUUGGCUUUAAAGCUUGGAACAAGGCUCUUGAAAGAUUUAGAGCUCAUGUUGGAGAGGUAAAUAGCAUCCACAACAAGUGUUUUAAUAGGAUGCUUGAUUUAAUGAAUCAAUCACAGUCAAUUCAAACUGCCUAUGACAAGAAACUCGAAAAAGACAAAAGUGAAUCGCGACGUCACUUGAGUGUUUCAGUCGAUGUGACAAGGUUUCUCUUGAGACUAGGAUUAUCAUUCCGUGGGCAUAAUGAGAGUCAAUAUUCUUCAAAUAGAGGUAUCUUUCUUGAACUUUUGCAAUGGUAUGGAGAUAUUAAUGAAGUUGUUGGAAGCAUUAUAUUAGAAAACGCCCCAAAAAAUGAAAUGAUGUGUUCUCCAAGUAUUCAAAAGUAUAUUGUUGAUUCUUGUGCUAAAGAAACAAUCAAAGCCAUCAUUGAAGACUUGGAUGGGGAUUAUUUCGGGAUACUAGUUCAUGAAUCAAAGGAUACAUCACACAAGGAGCAAAUGGCAAUUGUUCUGAGAUAUGUUAGCAAAGAAGGCGAAGUAGUAGAGCGAUUUGUUGGUAUUAUUCAUGUUAGUGAUACAUCUGCUCGUUCAUUAAAGGAGGCAAUCUACUCUUUUCUUUCGGAUCACUCAUUAAGUCCAUCACAAAUACGUGGACAAGGUUACGAUGGAGCUAGCAAUAUGCAGGGAGAGCUAAAUGGUCUUAAGACUUUGAUUUUGAAUGAGACUCCAUCAGCAUAUUGCAUUCAUUGUUUUGCUCACCAAUUGCAGUUAACACUUGUAGCUCUUGCAAAGAAGAAUUCGAAUGUAGAUGAUUUUUUUUGUAUAGUUACUAAUGUGUUAAAUAUUGUUGGAGCAUCUUUUAAGCGUAGAGAUUUGCUUCGAGAACAUCAAGCUGAAAAGUUAGAGGAGCUGCUCAUAUCAGGUGAAGUGCAUACUAGGCGAGGAUUAAAUCAAGAACGUAGAUUUCAACGACCAGGUGAUACUCGUUGGGGUUCUCAUUAUAGAACAUUAGAUAAUCUCAUUGUCCUAUUUCCAUCAAUCAUUCACGUGCUUGAAUUUACUGGGCGUGAGUGUCCUAAUUAUAUUGACAGACUUGUUGCUAAAAGUCUUGUGAGUACGAUUAAGGAAUUUGAUUUUGCUUUUAUGUUGCACUUGAUGUGGAAAGUUCUAAUGAUGACAACUGAGUUGAGCUCCUCAUUACAAAGGAUGUAUCAAGCUAUUGUCAAUGCUAUGGGACUUUUCGCUCUUACAAAGUAA